CUUCUGUACCUCAUCCCAAGACUGUUGCCUGAAGCCAGAGGAGCUCCCAUCACUGUUGGGGGUCCAAUCAGCGACCACCAGGAAGAGAACCCGCCGGGCCUGUGGAGCAGUGCUACAGAUGCCAACAGGACAUGGAGGAAGACCGCUUGGCAUCUGUGGAAGCACCCGGCGUUCCGUCAGUUAGAACACAUGCCGAAAUAUCAGGUAUCGUUCUCAGAAUGGCUGGCUAUCGAGCUCAGAGUGCAGAGAAGUGAAGACGCCCUGUCAGACCCAGAACGUCAGGAGUACCAGCAGUGGGCCUGCUGGGAGCUCUACCUGCCUCGUCCGGAGGAGCAGGGAGGCUGUGGAGGAGACACGAGGAUCCUCUACUCUCAUCUGCUCAGUGCCAUCAUGGACCAGCAGUUAAGCAACCAGAGCCUGGAGAAAUCAGAAACAGGGACCUGUCUGCCAGACAUCCUGUCCCGGUUACAG